CACUCUCUCAAAAAUCGGCGCGGCGAUUCGCCAUUCGUGGUCUGUCGCCUCUCUGUAUAUAUCGACAUGGUUGGGCAUUGACAAGAUCCACUUGGAGGCCAAAUAGGAGGUGGAGAGGACUUUUUUGCGCUAUAAGACGAUCGCAAAUAAUCAGAUAUUCUCUGUUUUAAUUCUAAGAGAUAUCGAGUCAUUGGCCGGCCAUUCUUCCUCCGCAGACAUCUCCAUCCUCGGUUAAGGAGAUCUGAUCCUUAGACAAGUUACUAAGUUUUUGCUGCAGCGGAGGAAAUGCUAAAUCGGUGACCAUGAUGGGAGGCUUUCUAACUAGGGUUUCUAUCUUGAUUCUUGGAUAUGCUUAUCCGGCAUAUGCAUGCUACAAGACAGUGGAACUGAAUAAACCGGAAAUUGAGAAGCUUGUGUUUUGGUGUCAGUACUGGAUUUUAGUCGCUGUACUGGCAGUUUUAGAGAAAGUUGGAGAUGCUCUCAUUUCAUGGUUUCCUCUGUAUGGAGAACUUAAACUGGCUUUUUUUGUAUAUCUCUGGCAUCCUAAAACAAAGGGGACGGCGUACGUUUACAAUACCUUCUUUCAGCCGUACAUUUCUAAACAUGAAAAUAUGAUUGAUCGUAAUCUACUUGAGUUGAGAACCAGAGUUGUUGAUUUAGCAGCACGGUUUUGGCAUGAAGUUUUGGGUAAUGGACGGUCAUGGUUCUUUGAGUUCCUGCAGUUUGUGGUCUCACAACCAGCAACUAUGGUACACCCAGCUGAGGAACCAAGACACCCUCAACAUGCAUCCACAGCAGCAUCGCCUGAUUCAACACUGCAAACAUCAACUUCCCCGCAGACAAAGAUGGAGCACUCCAACUUCAUUAAGACCCAGAAAAAAGAGCAAUUGAAGACCGACGCCAACAGCCCAAUCUCUCCUUCCUCAGCCUUGCCUAAACCCAGCCAUGGCCGCCAUUUUCUUAGGUCCAGUACUCCUCACGAUCCUCCUCCUGCUGCUCCUCCUGCUCCUGCUCCUGCUCCUCCUGCUCCUCCUCCUAUUGCAAUAUCUCCGCAUAGUGAAAAGUCGCUUCCACACCCCGAAGACUCCAAACAAGAAGAGCCAAUGCGCGUUGCUCGUCGCCCAAGGGUCAAAAAACGAGUCACCACAACCGGGAUAUUUUGGUGCUAA